CAAUGCUCUUGUGGUCCAAGUCUUGUUGACAGGCAACAGCUUUCACAGCACCAUUCUAAAUUUAAAAGUGAACAUUCCCACUGACAAGGUUCUACGCCUGCAGUCAAAAUAGGAAAAAAAUAGAAUAAAAGGAGAAGAAGUUCUCCUUCCAGAAAGUAAAAAAAAACACCAGGAUGGCCCUGGCGGUGUCGUGCGCCCCGAGGUGCGGCCCGCUGCCCAGCACCAAGACCAACCGGCGGAACCUCUCGCGACGCGACGAGCUCAGCGAGGGCACCAUGGGGCCGCCCAUCGACUUCUCCUUCAGAUACUUCAGCAGCAUCGCUGACAUUCAAGACAACGAGACACCGCGGGCUGCCAGGACGGGCCGCGCGCCGACGCAGCUCCAAAACAAGAAGUUUGUGACCGCGUCGCUGUGGCUCAACAACAACCUCCUGCCCGACAUCCGGGGGCUGUCGUCCCUGACGAGGAACCUCAUCGAGCAGCCCGAGGCGCUGGCCUGGCUCGACCUGUCCUUCAACCACCUGACUGACAUUUCGGACGAAAUAUCCCAGUUUCCACAACUACGGAUAUUGUACCUGCACGCCAAUCGUCUGACUAAACUCAACUCGGUCGCCAAGCUGCGCCACUUCAGCAAAUUGAGGAAUCUCACGCUUCGUGGCAACCCAAUCGAUGAGAUUCCAUCGUACCGAAGCUACAUCAUCAGCAUAAUACCUCAGAUUACGCGGCUUGACCAUGUGCCAAUAUCCAAUGGGGAAAGAGGAAGUGCCCCUCCAGCUGGUUUCGCCAAGAAGAAAGCAAUUCUGCUGAGAUGACCAUUACUUUCAACCUUUCCUUCCACAUAUUUUUUUUCAAAUUCUGUGCGACCAAAAAGAGGGAAAAAAAGGAAAAAUACAGAAGCAUGUUAAAAAAAUUACGUA